CUUGCGUGACGCAAAUAGACAGGGAUCAGCGCUAAACGAGGCCACGCAUUGUCUGGCCCACCCGCCCUCGGUUGCGAGCGAGCAACGUGAUUGGCCCAGGCCUCGGAAAGAGUGCCCGGGGAUCCAAAUGUACAGGCCGCAUUUAUCUUAGAGUCGAAAAAUAAACCCAAACAAUAACAGACACAAGCGAGAAAGGAGACAUAUCGACGAUCCAUUUGAAGGAGUCCAUAAUAAGGGUUCUCUCCCCAAAUGGAAGGAAGAAACACCAGCAACACAUUGUUCAUAUUUUAGAGAGCAUUGGCAUCAAAUGUGAAGCCUUUUUCAGAUCAAAGAGAUGGACCACGGCGGAGGGAUCCUGGAGCUACACACACAGGAGUUAAAGAUGCCUCACACCAUGAUCAUGCAAGACUUUGUGGCAGGAAUGAGGGGCCUGGCCCACAUCGACGGGGAUCACAUUUUGGUGUCUGUGCCUGAGGGCAUGCUCCUGUCUGAUGUCAUGACGGACGAAGGCAUCCUGCUGGAGCACGGCCUGGAGGUGCAGGGCCUCGAGACGCAGGUGGAAGGCCUAGAGACGGAAGUUGAAGGCUUUGGAGCGGAGGUGGUGGAGCUAGAGACACAGAUGGUCGAGGGCCUGGAGGCGGAGGUGGAAGUGGAGGGCCUGGAGGCGGAGGUGGAAGUGGAGGGCCUGGAGGCGGAGGUGGAAGUGGAGGGCCUGGAGGCGGAGGUGGAAGUGGAGGGCCUGGAGGCGGAGGUGGAAGUGGAGGGCCUGGAAAUGGAGGGCCUGGAGGCGGAGGUGGAAGUGGAGGGCCUGGAGGCGGAGGUGGAAGUGGAGGGCCUGGAGGCGGAGGUGGAAGUGGAGGGCCUGGAGGCGGAGGUGGAAGUGGAGGGCCUGGAGGCGGAGGUGGAAGUGGAGGGCCUGGAGGCGGAGGUGGAGGGCCUGGAGGCGGAGGUGGAAGCGGAAGUGGAGGGCCUGGAGGCGGAAGUGGAGGGCCUGGAGGCGGAAGUGGAGGGCCUGGAGGUGGAGGGCCUGGAGGUGGAGGGCCUGGAGGUGGAGGGCCUGGAGGUGGAGGGCCUCGAAGCGGAGGUGGAAGUGGAGGGCCUGGAGGUGGAGGGCCUGGAGGUGGAGGGCCUGGAGGUGGAGGGCCUGGAGGCGGAAGUGGAGGGCCUCGAAGCGGAGGCGGAAGUGGAGGGCCUCGAAGCGGAGGUGGAAGUCCUAGAGGAAUAUCUAGAGACUGAGGUGAUUGAAGGCCCUGAAAUCGGACACGAACACUUGCUGGGUUCCGACGUGGCCAUCGAGGAGGCUAUAGACUCUCACCAUCACCAUGUUCUAACCUCAGACCUCAUCCAGGGCUCAGUCCACCAUCACCACCACCACAUGCCAGACCAGCUUUUUGUGGAGCACCAGGAGGAGGAGGACGGGUUGGAGGGCUUGGACCAGGAGGUGUCGGUGGGGGAGGAGGAGCCAGUGAUCCAGGCCCACGAGGAGCUGCCGGUGGACGUGGAGGCUGUCUCUCUGCAGACUGAUGAGGAGGACUACCUCAUGAUCUCCUUGGAUGACGUUGGUGAGAAGCUGGACAGAGGAGACACUCCUCUAGAGAUCACUACUGAGGUGAUGCAUGACGAAGAAUCCAACAAGGAGGGGUCAGAGGUCAUCAAGGUCUACAUCUUCAAAGCCGAGGCUGAUGACGAUGUGGAGAUAGGUGGGACCGAGGUGGUGUCUGAGAGUGACUUCCAUAAUGGCCACCAUGCUGUGUUGGAGUCUGGGGGAGGAAGCAGACAUGGCCGGGGGGAGAGGAUGGUCUACAUGGCUGUGAAGGACCACGCCCAGUCAGAGGAAGAUAUCAAUGUGUCAGACAUGGCAGAGCAGGUGUACAUGGAGGUGAUUGUAGGAGAGGAGGAGACCUCUGCAGUCCAGGAGAACCAGCUAGAUGACUCUCCAAACAGCAAGAUGUUAGUCCCUGUCUCCUGGGCUGCUGCCUACGAUAACAACAGUGUGGACGCAGUGAAGAAUGGAGGGACCAGGCCAUACCUUCAGAUCAGAGAUGGUCAGGACACCAACAGAGCCCUCAAACAGAAGAUCAAGAAGAAGAAGAGGAAUGGCGAGACACGGCAGUGCCAGACCGCUUUGAUCAUCGGUCCAGACGGCAUGCCCCUGACCGUCUACCCCUGUCACAUCUGUGGUAAGAAGUUCAGGUCACAAGGCUUCCUCAAGUGCCACAUGAAGAACCAUCCUGACCACCACGUUAAGAAGUACCAGUGUACCGACUGUGACUUCACCACCAACAAAAAGGUCAACUUCCACAACCACCUGGAGUCCCACAAGCUACUGGUCCAUCGCAGUGACAGAGACAGAACCUCUUCCCCAGACUACCCAGAAUACAACAGGACCACCCCAGAGUACACAGAAUACAACAGGACCACCACAGACUACCCAGAAUGCAACAGGACCACCCCAGAGUACACGGAGUACACCCGGCGUUACCAUGAAGACAGCCAGCUAGGGUCUAACAAGCUGAUCCUGAGGGACAAGGAAUCCAAACUGCACCACUGUAAGUACUGUGACUAUGAGACUGCAGAGCAGGGGCUCCUCAACCGCCACCUAUUGGCCGUUCACAGUAGGAACUUCGCCCACGUGUGCGUGGAGUGCGCUAAAGGCUUCCGUCACCCGUCAGAGCUCAAGAAGCACAUGCGGACCCACACGGGCGAGAAGCCAUACUGCUGCCCGCACUGUGACUUUCGCUGUGCAGACCAGUCCAACCUAAAGACUCACAUCAAGAGCAAGCACGGUGCCGACCUGCCUUUUAAGUGUGGCCACUGCCCCCAGGCCUAUGCAGACGAGGGGGAGCUGCAGCGGCACACAGAGAUGGUGCAGGGCCACAAGACCCACCAGUGUCCCCACUGUGAACACAAGAGCACCAACUCCUCUGAUCUAAAACGACACAUUAUAUCUGUUCACACCAAAGACUUCCCUCACCAGUGUGACGUGUGUGAGAAGGGCUUCCACCGGCCCUCUGAGCUGAAGAAACACUCAGAGACACACAAGGGCAGCAAGGUGCACCAGUGCAGGCACUGUAACUUCACAACCUCUGACCCUUUCACCCUCAGCAGACACAUCCUGUCCGUUCACACCAAGGACCUCCCCUUUAAGUGUAAACGCUGCCGGCGAGGGUUCCGCCAGUCCACGGAGCUGAAGAAACACAUGAAGACCCACAGCGGGAGGAAGGUGUACCAGUGUCAGUACUGCGAGUACAACAGCCCGGACGCUUCAGGAUUCAAACGCCACGUGAUCUCCAUCCACACCAAGGAAUACCCCCACUGCUGUGACUACUGUUGUAAAGGCUUCAGAAGGCCCUCGGAGAAGAGCCAGCACAUAGCCAGGCAUCACAAAGAUAUGCUGAUGGAACGUUGCUAAUACAAUGUUGACACAACGUUACCCGGACAGACAGACUGACACACUCACUCCUUAGUCUAUGUAGACCUUUUUCACACGAUGAAGGGGGAACACAUUUAGGCUGUUGACAAGGAUGGAAUGGUACAUUUAGACUGCUAGCGAUGAUAACAUUCUGACUGACUGCUUCUCUUUUUCUACUGGUUGUAUAGAGUAGGAUAGGUCUCACCAGGCCCCUCCCCCCAUUUCCUCUCCCCCAGGAGUAAUCAAACUAAGCAUGUGGUGGAAGUUGGUGAAGUUUAAAACCAGUGUAUAUGUUGUCAGUGGGGCCGCCUGUCACUUUCUGUAUUUAUUUAUCUGCAGAGAGAGGAUUCACCCUAUGAUGAACAUCUUUCUGUAUUUAUUUAUCUGCAGAGAGAGGAUUCACCCUAUGAUGAACAUCUUUCUGUAUUUAUUUAUCUGCAGAGAGAGGAUUCACCCUAUGAUGAACAUCUUUCUGUAUUUAUUUAUCUGCAGAGAGAGGAUUCACCCUAUGAUGAACAUCUUUCUGUAUUUAUUUAUCUGCAGAGAGAGGAUUCACCCUAUGAUGAACAUCUUUCUGUAUUUAUUUAUCUGCAGAGAGAGGAUUCACCCUAUGAUGAACAUCUUUCUGUAUUUAUUUAUCUGCAGAGAGAGGAUUCACCCUAUGAUGAACAUCUUUCUGUAUUUAUUUAUCUGCAGAGAGAGGAUUCACCCUAUGAUGAACAUCUUUCUGUAUUUAUUUAUCUGCAGAGAGAGGAUUCACCCUAUGAUGAACAUCUUUCUGUAUUUAUUUAUCUGCAGAGAGAGGAUUCACCCUAUGAUGAACAUCUUUCUGUAUUUAUUUAUCUGCAGAGAGAGGAUUCACCCUAUGAUGAACAUCUUUCUGUAUUUAUUUAUCUGCAGAGAGGAUUCACCCUAUGAUGAACAUCUUUCUGUAUUUAUUUAUCUGCAGAGAGAGGAUUCACCCUAUGAUGAACAUCUUUCUGUAUUUAUUUAUCUGCAGAGAGGAUUCACCCUAUGAUGAACAUUUUUUUCAGGGUCUCAAAAUAUGUCUGUGUGUACCUGUUGAAUCUCUGGGAGAAAGAAAUGGACAGAAGGACAUAGUCCUCUAAUACAGGAAGUGGUUAUUUGAGAACGUCACUCAGGCCUGUUCUUCUCUCUAUCUCACCAGACUGUAUCUGGAUCAAACUAGUGGAUCAAACUAGUGGAUCAAACUAGUGCAUACUAGAGAGCUGCAAUGCUCUGCUACCGACUAGUAUCUUCAAACCUGGGUUCAAAUCAUUUUUUAAAUAUUUCUUAUACGUUUAGCAUUUCCUUUAUCCUGCCUAGAGUGGACUUUUGCGAAUCGGUUGGUUCCGUUGUGCCAGGCAAGCCCAGCGAAGGUAUGUAUUUGAAAUGAUUACAAAUAGUUUUUGAACCCAGGUCUAAGUAUCCUCCCAAUAACUUGGUUUAUACCCUAAUACGGUUUGUUUUAAAGGCAAUCUGAAUCACAAUCAUGUCAUUAUGAGCCUGUGGGUCCUGUUUGGGUGGUCCACCUGUGAGGUCAGAGUGGAACAAUGUUUACACAAGCACCUUAACCUACGAGCUACGAAACCAACUCAUUUUAAAAAACAAACAGAACUUUGUUUUGUUUCUUAACAGUGCCAAUUUAUUAUUAAUUAAACUUGUUUAAUGUUUUGGUGUUUGUUGGACAGAUGGUUCUGUAUGUUUGGUAAAAAAAACUUCAGCAGUUGUCACCACCAUUUUUUGACCUUGUGAAUGCCACUGUAAGUUGUGUAAAUGACCUUGUGAAUGCCACUAUAAGGUGUGUAAAUGACCUUGUGAAUGCCGCUGUAAGUUGUGUAUAUGAUGUGUGUGUCAUCACAUAGAACACAGAUGUGGUCACACACAAGCCAACCAUCUGAUGGUCAUGUCUUAUGUUCUGUUUCUUCUCAUGCACUGAGCUCUGCUAAAACAGACAUCUGAAAAGUAAAGUGAUUUUAAGUCUCAAACAUAUGCCGUGUAAAGAGAUUGUGUGUUUGAGUCAGUAGAAAGCACUUUAACUAUUAUUUUGUUCAUUUUACAUGUACGCAAAGGGUGUAUAAUGUAUAUUCCCUGAAUGAGACAAUAUGAGUGUUGGAAAAGAGUUGUGGGUAUUUCAGGGCCUGUAGUGGGACGGUAGUGACCAGUAUUCAUCAAAAUGUAUUAUCAAUAGAAAGCUGUCUAAUGAACUCUUCUGUUUUGAUAUCUGAUAGGUAAUUAGUUGGUCUUUCUGUUGAGAUUUCUGCUCACUGGUGUCCAGCAACCCCACAGUCACUUGGCUACACACACCUUAACUACAAGGGUGGAGAGAUUGUCGUUGGAGUCUUAAAGUAUGCACAAAGUAUUCACAUAGUAGGCUGGCCAUGAAAUGAAUUGUGUUAAAAAAAAAAUGUAUGCAUUUUCUUGUACUUUUUUUGUUGUCUGAUUUGUUCAGAAACUACUGGUGAGGAGCAACCAAAAUAAACUAUUAUCUUUUUA